GUAUCUUGAACGUCAAAAGGCGGAAAUGAAACGGCCUAAAACCUAGGUAAAAUCUUACGUAGACGGACCGUUCACAACCCCUUUCAAAUCAUAAGAAAUAAACAAAGCUUAAACAAACAAGAUUCAUAUUAAACCCUGCCCCCUCGCUCCAUCAAAUCCUCUCUCAAUCACCUCCAUCGCUCCUCCGAUUCAAGGUUUGUUCGUCUUUCGAUUCCUUUUCUUCUCUUCAACAAUUUCUUGCCUUGCGAUUGUUGCAAUCCCGAUUUUAUGUUUUUUUCUGCUCCAUCGCCUCUCACAGCAAUAUUGGAACAUUUGUCACAGAAAUUGAUUGAACGCCUGGCAAACAGUUCAGCCACUUUUGGCAUUCAAUUACCCACCCAUCAUGAAUGAUGGUGGCCCUAGAUAUGCUGGAAGAGGCCAUCCGAAUAACAGAGGAAGAUCUCCUCGAUCCGCCGAUAAUUUCACUUAUCGUCCCCGUCAUGCUGGAGGUGAGGGGUCUUCUGUUGCUGGUUCUUCUAACCCUGGUAGUGGAGCUUUCCGAGGUAGAAGUUCUCACCAGAUGUCAUCAAGGAAUUUCAGGAAGCCUGUUGGACAAAAACAGGCCUCAAGUUCUGAACAGUGGCAGUGGCGGCCUUUAAAUAGCAGGAAAGAUGCAUCUCCUGGUGCUGUUGAUCUUCACCUGCAACAUAAUUCAACUGAUGAUAUGAGCAAUACCAAUAAACAAUUAUUGGGAUCUAUUGCAUCGAAUUCUGAUAGUAAUCAAAUAAGCAAUACUUCAGAGCAACGAUUGGGACCUAUUGCAUCAAAUUCUGAUUGCAUCGAACUCUUGUCCUCUUCUGCUCAAAAUGUCUCUAAGAGUUUGCAUUCUGCUGUAGAAAGAAUUCAGAUUCAGGGACCUACAGCAGUAUGUGGAAAUUGUAGUGAUUCUUUUCCUUAUGAUAAUCGUAACGGAUCAGAUGUGGUUGGACAGGAACUAAAGGUUCAACCUACACUAGAAUCCUGUGCAAAAGAUAAGAGUUCCACCAUAAAACUUGGGGAAAGUAAUAAUGUUUUUAACUCUAUGGACUCAAAAGACAAGAAGCCUUCAGUAGACCUCGAUACUUUUGAUAUAUGCCCUCCAAAAACUGGAGGUGUCACACUGAAUCCUUCUUUAUUAGCUAUGAACAGAGAAAAAAGAAAUGAGAUGAAGCGAGCAAUGGAUGGAUAUAAUGGAAUUGUGUUGAGACCAGGAAUGGUUCAUCUGAAGGGUAGCAUUUCCCUCAGGGAUCAGGCAAAGAUAGUAAAAAAAUGUCGGGAUCUUGGUAUUGGAGCUGGAGGCUUUUACCAACCUGGUUAUCGAGAAGGAGGAAAACUGCACCUGAAAAUGAUGUGCCUUGGUAAAAAUUGGGAUCCUGACAGUAGUACAUAUGGGGAUGUUCGUCCAUUUGAUGAUACAAAACCACCUAACCUACCAGAUGAAUUUUAUCAACUGGUUGAAAAGGCAAUCAAAGAUUCUUAUGCUAUUAUAGCAAAAGAUUCAACAAUAAAAAAUCCUGAACGCGUACUUCCAUGGAUGAAACCUAACAUCUGUAUUGUAAACUUCUACUCACAAAAUGGACGAUUGGGUCUUCAUCAGGAUCGAGAUGAAAGUCAAGAAAGUCUUGAUAAAGGAUUGCCUGUCAUCUCCUUCUCCAUUGGUGACUCUGCCGAAUUCCUAUUUGGUGAUCGGAGUGAUGUUGAUCAAGCAGAGAAAGUUACUUUGGAAUCAGGAGAUAUCUUGAUAUUUGGUGGGAAAUCAAGGCACGUUUUCCAUGGAGUGACUGCAAUUCAUUCAAACACUGCUCCAAAAGCACUUUUAGAAGCAACAAAUCUUCGUCCAGGUCGCUUAAACCUUACUUUCCGUCAGUAUUGAAGGUGUUUUUUCGCUCAGCAAGGGACGCAAUCCAUGAAACAACGCCCUUAUAUUCAGUUCCAAGUUUCCCUCUCUUCGGGAAGUUGGUUUUGUUUAAUCUAACACAUUACAGAAGUGCCAUCGUAAUAGAUUCAGCAUGUACAGGGAUACUUCUUAGUUUCUAAUUUAUUAUCAUAUGGGAAAUAUUAUGGUUUUUCAAGAA